CUUCUUUAAUUGGACGUCUCUUGGUGUCCUAUUCAAAAGGUCUUCUCGCGUGUAAGGUAGUAAAGAGGCGACAGCGUGCUGUCAUUUGAAGGGAUUCCCUGCUAUUCAACUCAUUUCAGGAAUUCAAAGUGAAUGAUAAACAGUGGAAUCAUGAGGUCAUGUGCUUGCAUGGUGGUACUGGCUCUUGUGGCCACCAGUCGCUCUUCUGCCAUCCCCACCAAAUCAGACGAUCACAAAUCACGAUCCUUGGAUAAGGACCUAAGCGAUGAACAGCAUUAUGAAGGCGAGGAACAUAAUGCAGAAUAUGACCACGAAGCCUUUUUAGGACAAGAGGAAGCCAAGACGUUUGAUCAACUCACACCUGAAGAGAGUAAAGAAAGAUUAUCUAAAAUAAUAGAUAAAAUAGACAGAAAUCAAGAUGGCCAGGUGUCAGAGGAAGAGUUGAAGGAGUGGAUCCAGCAUGUCCAGAAGCGCUAUGUGUACCAGGACACAGAGAGACAGUGGGUGCAGGACCAGAAGGUGGAGGGAGACAAGCUCACAUGGGAAGCUUACAAAGACAGAACCUAUGGAUUUUUAAAAGAUGGAAUGAUAAACAGUGGAAUCAUGAGGUCAUGUGCUUGCAUGGUGGUACUGGCUCUUGUGGCCACCAGUCGCUCUUCUGCCAUCCCCACCAAAUCAGAGGAUCACAAAUCCCGAUCCUUGGAUAAGGACCUAAGCGAUGAACAGCAUUAUGAAGGCGAGGAACAUAAUGCAGAAUAUGACCACGAAGCCUUUUUAGGACAAGAGGAAGCCAAGACGUUUGAUCAACUCACACCUGAAGAGAGUAAAGAAAGAUUAUCUAAAAUAAUAGACAAAAUAGACAGAAAUCAAGAUGGCCAGGUGUCAGAGGAAGAGUUGAAGGAGUGGAUCCAGCAUGUCCAGAAGCGCUAUGUGUACCAGGACACAGAGAGACAGUGGGUGCAGGACCAGAAGGUGGAGGGAGACAAGCUCACAUGGGAAGCUUACAAAGACAGAACCUAUGGAUUUUUAAAAGAUGGAAGAGAUACCAAAGCAGGAGACAGUGGCUAUGAUUACAAAGACAUGAUGGAUCGUGAUGAGAGGCGGUUUAAAAAAGCUGAUGCAGAUGGGGAUGGUGCUUUGACCAAAGACGAGUUUGCUAAUUUUCUCCAUCCUGAGGAGGCUGAACACAUGAGAGAAAUAGUGGUGCUAGAAACAAUGGAAGAUAUUGACAAGGACAAAGAUGGAAAAAUAAGUUUACAGGAAUAUAUAGGUGACAUGUGGCCCAAUAAGGAUGAUGAAGAAGAGCCAGACUGGGUAAAAAAUGAGCGUGAACAAUUUGGUGCUUAUCGUGACAAGAACAAAGAUGGUUACAUGGAUAAGGAUGAAGUAAAAGAUUGGAUCAUUCCGCCUGAUUAUGACCACUCUGAAGCCGAGGCCAAACAUUUAAUACACGAGUCUGAUAGAGAUAAGGAUGGUCAACUAACAAAAGAAGAAAUUUUGGACAAAUAUGACUUAUUUGUUGGUAGCCAGGCCACAGAUUUUGGAGAAGCUUUAACAAGACAUGAUGAAUUUUAGUGCCAAAAUUUUUAAUAUUAUCAAUUAACAAUCCCACUUUUAUAGUCAUUAUCUCCAUGCAGUGUAUGGCAUAGAGCUCUUCUACUCCUUACAGCAUUGGUAUUGCUACAAAUAGUACACUUACUUUGAUAUUAAUAGAAUUUAACUGUUACUCGUAUAAGUCGGAUAAACAUUUUAGUAUGACUUGGAUUCAUGUUUUAUAGAUGAGGUUUUUCUUCUGACAGGGACACUUUUUUUUACCUAAAAUAAAAGUGUGCAGGAUUUAAAGAAUGUAAGGUUUUACUCUAAAGGCAUGGAAGAUGAAGUAAUUUAGAUUUACUUGGAUGCACACAUAAAUGUGAAUAAUCUUGUUCAUUAAUACUCCUGACAUCAGAUUUCAACAAAAUACUGGAGAUGUGUUUUACUGAGAUGUUUAUUUGCCCAAAUAUUAUUUGAUUUACUUAUAGAUAGUAAAGUAAUGGUGUGCCUAGAUAAUGAGCACUCCUUUCUUAAAUUAAGACAAACACAAUGCAAAUUUUGUUAAAGAAAUUUUGCUCUCAUCAAAUUAAUGGUCAACAGUAUUUUUGCAUUUAGUUACUAUGCAUGCUUAGAAACUGGCUCACUUCGUACUUAUAAAACUUGCACGAGAUGUGUGCUCAUGUAACAAAGUAGUGUAAUGUGUGUUAAUGCUGUUACCUGAAUACUUGCCAAAGAAAAGGACAUGGUUUAUGUACCAUUUUAUACAUAUGUGAAAACAACUUAUAAUUAUGAACAGUGCAUUACAGUGUAAGCAUAGCGAUCAUUUUAUAUAUAUUUAGAAAAGUAGGUUAUAUGUUUAGUUUGAGGAAACAUUCGAGAAGUGUGUAAACCUCAUUCAGCAUUCUUGUUGUAGAAUAACUCUCCUGUAAUAGGACUUGUUCAGUAGGCGUCGCUGUACUGUUGCCUUAUGUUGCCAAGUUUUUAUACAAAAUACUGCCAUAAAUAAUAAGUUAAGAAUUAG